AAUAUAUUUUCUUGGGUUUUCUGCGUUAUAACGGUGCAUGUGAGAUCAUUCUAAUGGCUAAUCUAGCUACUUAUCACAGAAUGAGCUGAGGCCUCAUAAAUACUGCAUCUCACUAUGGCAGCUCAGGUCACUGAAUCAGACCAGAUCAAACAGUUCAAAGAAUUCCUGGGCACAUACAACAAACUAACAGAAAACUGUUUCAUGGACUGUGUUAAAGAUUUCACAACAAGAGAAGUCAAACCAGAGGAGAUCACAUGCUCUGAGAGCUGCUUGCAAAAGUAUCUGAAGAUGACACAGAGGAUUUCCAUGCGCUUUCAGGAGUACCACAUCCAGCAGAAUGAGGCAUUGGCUGCUAAAGCUGGCUUGUUGGCACAGCCCCGAUAAUCAUAGGCUAUUCGUAUGGACUCCAUACCAUUACACCAAGCUCUCUCUAUUCCAGUGUGGAGAAGGGCUCGCCAAAGUGGACCAGAGGAAGGCAGAGGACGUCACACAGGUGACAGCGGGACAUCUUCUGAUCUCCGUUGGCUCACAGAUAACUAGAUUGUUAGGAUGUCGUUUCUCUGAAGGACAGAUACUGCAGCGUUGACCGAAAUACUGGUCUUAUGCAAAACACGAACGAUAUUGUUUGUUUUUAUUGUAGCAUGAUACAUAGUAAAACUUAAAACGGUAAACUCUAUUUUUUUCCCCAGUCCUAUAUUUAAUUUGGCUCAAGAAAUAAAACAAAAUGCUUGAGCAUGAACUCUGAUAUUUUUAGGACCAUUCAUUUUUUUUCAUUUUCAUUCAUCAAAGACAUUUAUUUGAUAAUUAUGCACAUCCACAUUACAUCAUUACUGCAAAAAGCACAAAGGCAGCAUACAAGUAAUCCAUAAGACUCCAAUGGUUUAAUCCAUGUCUUCUGAAAUGAUCUGGUAGAUAUUGGGUGAGAAAAGAACAAAAUGUAAAAAAAAUUCACAAAUCUUGGCAUUUACAAUUUUCUUGGCGAUCAUGAUUUCAAGCUUAAUUACACUUCAUAGUGCCAUCUAGUGCUCUGUACAUGCAUUAAGCACCAUGAAGUGUAAUCGAGUUUGAAAUGAUCGUGGCUAGAGACUGCAAUGGCAAGAUGUUACAUUUUAGUCUGUUCUCACCCAAAACUGAUUGGAAUCACUUUAGAAGAUAUUGAUUAAGCCACUGGAGUCUUAUGGAUAACUUUUAUGGUGCCUUUGGGCUUUGUAGAGUUUCAAAGUUCCGGACCCCAUUCACUUGCACUGUGUUGACCUACAGAGUUCAGAUAUUUUUCUAAAAAUCUUAAUUGGUGUUCUGAAGAAGAAAGUCAUACACAUCGGUGAUGGAAUGAGGGUGAAUAAAUGAUGAGAUAAUUUCUAUUUUGGUUGAAUUAACCCUUUAAAACUAAUAAAGACAUCCCUCACAUGAAUAUU